AUGGUUCUCAUAUUGAAGAAACGCAGAGUUUGUCCUAUGAGAGUCAUCAGUCUCAGCGCAUCUUCUCAAUCUAUAAAAUAUAAGGCUGAACUUAGCCUAAAGGAAUCCCAAGAUAAAGCCGACAUAUCUAAGGUUUUUCAUUGCGACGGUUUGUUGUUAUGCACCAUCAGAGAGAGUAAACUUGUGGUUUGUAAUCCAUGUUUAGGGAAAACCAAGUGGAUCCAACACUAUACUGCUCGCUACUGGAACACUAAGUGUGCUCUAGGUUACGUAGACAACAAGUCUUGUCGUAGCUACAAAAUCUUGAGCUAUUCUUUUAAGCCUAAUAACCGAGUUGAUGAGUUUGGAAUCUAUGAGUUUAGCUCUGACACAUGGAGAGAUCUUGACGUAGACACUGAUGACUUCGUCAUGGUUUUAGAGCAUGCAGUGUCUUUGAAGGGAAAUGUUUACUGGUGUGUCAAAGAUAAAACGGACAAGUUUGAUUCCGUACUAUGUUUUGAUUUCAGAAGUGAGAGACUUAGACGUCUGUGUUUCCCGAAUUUUCAGACCCGUGGUUUCAAUCAUCUAUCAGUUACUAGAGAAGAACAACUCUCAGUGUUACAUCGGUGCUAUGCUCCAUUACAGAUGGAGCUGUGGGUUACCAAUGAAAUUGAUACUGAAGCAGAGUUGUCAUGGAGCCUUCCGUGGUCCUUGAGUUAUUUAAUCGACGAAGAGAAGAAAGUGUUCGUUUGUUGUAUUCAAUUUAAUGGUCAUAGCACCAAGAACACUUUAUACAUUUUUGGAAAGGAUGGUAAACGUAUCUCAAAGAUGACUUUUGGAGAGUCUACAUACUACAAUCAAUGGUGGCCACAUAUUUUCAAUUACGUUCCAAGUUUUGUUCAAAUCCAGCAAUAG